AUGACUAACCCAUCUGGACUUGCACCGCAGGCUAUUUGCGUGAACACAGUGGCACCGCUCUUUCCCCGAGGGAAGGAUCACCAGCUUACUGCCGGCGAGUGGCAUGAUGCUCGUGGCGGCGGUCGCCCUGUUCGGGAUGUGCAAGUCUACCCUCGACACGUCCGCGAGACGGAAACGCAUCAGCACCUGCACAGGACAGCAGCGGUGAAGCACCAUCUGCGCAAGAUGGCCAACAGACACGAGAUGCUGAGCACAUACGAGCAUGACUUCGGAUUCAUGACGCGGCCGAAGCCGCGAGACUUCUCCGAGUCACCCGCCCGGACCAAGAGGAACCUCUCAGAGCCACCAUCCCGUCAAAGCUCUGCUCGUUCUCAAGCUGGGUGGACAGGCGAGUAUGGGGUUGACUCAAGAACUCAGCCGCAGUUUGCCCAGACCGAGUCAAAGCUACAGGGGUUCCAGCAGAGCGGGGCUCCAUUGCGGCUGUCUGUCGCUGGCUGGGGCGAUUGCCGCUGGAGUCCUAAGACUCAUCCAAACAUGGUCAUGGGCAUGACGCAGAAGCGGAUUGCCCUACAGCAGACGACCAACAUCAUGAAUCUAAGGGCCCCUGAUCUGCCCUUUGUGACUCGAUGA